GGCAACGCAGGAGUGGAAUUUCACUUCCUGUAUCUCUCUCAGGUGACUCACCUGGGCCAUGUCGUCGACAGCUCAGGUUUUUGUCGGUAUCAAACGAAGGAAUCUGUUAUGAGAGUUUCACAAUUGGAAAGGUACUGAUUCGUGUGGACGUUUUGAUUCAAUUCUGUGUGCACAGGGCAGGACGUCAGGAGUUGUAUUUUUCUUUGUUUUUGUACUUGAACGGAAGUUUUACCUGUGAGAAGAAAGAGGACGUUGUUUUUGGGGCCUAAACACAACUGGAACUAGUUAACUUAAAUAUUACGCCUAACUUCUAUUUUCUACUGACCCCAAAGUCAUUCCCGUUCUGAUCUUGAUUUGAUUGGCGUGGAAAUAUAAAGAAGACUUUUAAAAUGUUUUCCCUCCUUAAGGGACAAUAUGGAGCGUCUGUGCUGCUUCUAAUGUUGCUGCUGGACUGCUCCCUAUGCCAGGAGGUCGGGGAGGAAUGUCUGGCUAAGUUUAAACCGGGUCAGGCGGAUUUUAUUCUCGAUGCCGAUGAGUCAGUAAAAGACGGGGCUACCUUCAUUUCGUCCCCGAAACUGACUGGAUACAGGGACUGCGUGAGCGCAUGCUGCAAGGAGCCCAGGUGCAACGUCGCCGUCAUGGAGAAAGCAGUCGAAGUGGGCCAGGUCAAAUCCUGCUUUCUGUUUGACUGUCUAUACAAACAGAAAUACGCAUGCCGCUUUGUCAAGAAGAAGGGAUACAUCAGUUACGUCCUGGACUCUGUUUAUGAGAGCUAUCUUGAAGUGGAUCUUCCCCCAAAUGAAUCGGACCGUCCACCUAUUGCAAACGGAGGUCCGGACCGGGUGGUCCAGCCUCAGGACACUGUUAAACUGAACGGUAUGAACAGCAAAGAUGACAAGGGGAUUGCUUCCUUCCAGUGGAAAAUGCUCACUGGAUACCCUCAUGCUGUCUUUGAGGAUAGCAACUUUGACGACGAGAUUACUGUAUCCAAUCUGACAUCUGGGGUGUACAAGUUCCAGCUGACUGUCACAGACACAAUUGGCCAGUCGGACUCCACCAAGGUCACUGUCCUGGUCCUGACUCCUGAGCAGUCUGAUCACCACUGUAUGGCUCCAAUGAAGGUUGGACCGUGCCGGGGGUCAUUUCUUCGCUGGCAUUACAACGGUGCGUCACUGAAGUGUGAGCAGUUCACGUUUGGGGGCUGCAGGGAGAAUCUCAACAACUAUCUCUCAAAGGAGGAAUGCACCAACGCCUGCUCCAGCCAAGGUGCCAGAAGUGGUCGAGGUUUGCCCCUUCCUGAUUCUCAAGGAGAAACGUGUGGAGCUCCGUGUACCACAGAUCAGUUCACAUGUGCCAACGGCUGCUGUUUGCACCCUGGCCUGGAGUGUGACUCAACCCCACAAUGCAGUGACGGCUCAGAUGAGUUUAAAUGCGAGGAUUUGAACAAAAACUUCCGUAUCCUGCUGCAGAUUCCACUGGAUGAACAGAAAGUACGCUGCACAGAGUUUCCUGACACAGGAAACUGCCAGGACACAAUCACAAAGUGGUACUACAACCCCCUCUAUCAGAAGUGCUUCCGAUUCAACUACGGUGGCUGCCUAGGAAAUGAGAACAGAUUUGAGAAUGACGUGGCCUGUAUGAAAGUUUGCCGGGGAGUAACAGAACAAGAUGUUUUUGCAAGAAAGGAGGAAUUUGAAAGAAAUGUGUCUACAAGCCAAACAGGUGUUUUGGCGAUAGCAGCCCUGCUCGGCUUAGCUAUCCUCAUCCUGCUGUGCGUCUUAGUGUACUUCCUGGUGAAGGGAAAGAAAAAGUCUCCACAACACCAACGUGUGGCCGUCAACAACGUCCCGGUCAGCUUCGAGGACAGAGAACGUCUGGUCUACAACAGCACCACCAAGCCUAUCUGACCCCUUAGAGCUGACUUUUAUCCCCCUUCUUGCUGCGUCACACCACUGAUCAAACUCAGAUUGAUGAGGAAAUAAUGUGUUGACUGGAGGGGGGAUCUGUUUUGUCCAUAUAUGGAUGUAUUUUGUAAGGGUGAUACACAAAGAAGGCAAAACAUCUGAAAUAAUGAAAUGUGACAUCUUAAUAUUUUAUUUUUAGCUUGUUUUUUUUAAUGCAGUGUUUUGUUAAAAAUAUUUGUUUGAUGUUAGUUUGUACUCAGGUUGAACUGGAAGGAUUGUCUGUAGUGUAAAGGUAGAUCACCACUGAAAAUCAGACUCUAUCCCCCCAUUUUCAUAAAUAUUUCCUGCUUUGUUUAAUGUCAGACACAAACUUGUCAGAAGUUCCAUAUUGGUGUGUUACUACAAAGUAAGUCUUGAUUUCACUGAGAUCUGGAAAAUUGUGUGGAUGUUAAUGUCAAAAGGAUGAUCCUUUCAAUAUCUUGAAAUCCUGCCUCGUCAGCUUUACCUCUGUCACUUUGUUUUUAUCCAGUUUAUACGGCCAUGUUACGUUGAAUUACACAAAAAUUGCUCAAUAUUGUACAUAAUCAUAGAAUUUUGAGAAAGUAAUAUUUUACAUAAGCUUAUUAUGUCAUGAUUUUUCUGACGUGUUUUUAGAACAAUCAUAAUGCAUACGUUCAAUGAUGCUUAAGGAUACAUUAUAAAGCAGCCUUGUUGUUGAAUAUUCAACAUUUUAAAUGUUGUACAUAUGACCUUAUAUAGGCUUCCUGUAACUUUAGUGGUACCGUGAUGUUUAUAUGAAAUAAAAAUAUCAACUUAGA